UUUUCUGAUCUUCCAAAACCAAGUUACCUCAACCAGACCCUGCAAGAACUCAAAGCGAAAGAAGACACCCCUGUGAUUACAGUACUCAACCAAUUCAUAGAGAGGAGAGUUUCGGCUUUGCCCAUAGUAAAUGAACAAGGCAAAGUGGUGGACAUUUAUGCUAAGUUUGAUGUUAUUAACUUGGCAGCUGAGAAAACCUACAACAAUCUAGACAUGACUGUCAGAAAGGCUCUAGAACAUCGAGACCAGUGGUUUGAAGGAGUAGCGAAAUGUAAAGCUGAUGACACACUGCUUUCAGUAUUGGAGACUCUUGUAAAAGCAGAGGUUCAUCGACUAGUGAUAGUGGAUGAUGAGAACCGUGUUGUUGGAGUUGUCUCUCUUUCCGACAUUUUGAAGUUCCUUGUGUUAAGGCCAGCUCGUGAAGAAAAUCUAACCAAAAUAGACAAAGAAGACUCGCAAACAGAAAUCUCUCUCAACGAUGUUUGUGAAUAAGUUGUCUUCAUUCCACAGAGUUUGGUCCAGUGUCAGAAUGUCAUCACUUGGAUUGUUAAAGGUGGUUCACUCACCUCAAAGAAUAUUGAAAGUGUAAUUUGUUUUACGAUAAUAUUAAAAUAGGGGAUUUGAGUGUUUGUCGAUAUAUAUACACCAAUUACUGAAUGAACGUCUAACCAACAUUGAUCAGGAAUCAUGGCUGUAAGUCCCACAACUAAUAAGAUAUUGCUUAUUUUCAGAAAUAGACACAAAGAAAAAUUGAAAUUAUAAUAAAAACCACGUAAAAAUGUUUAGGAGUCUUAGUUAUAAAAUGAACAAGUAAACCUUUUUGGUGAGCAAUAAGGCUCAAUACAUAAUAUAUUGAAUUUUCAUGUGUUUCAGUAACUAACCAAUUUGACUUCCAGUGUCUAAGUAGAAAUUAAGAUAAAAAGAUUAUUUUUUGUUUCUUCAGAGUUUGUGCCUUUUUUAUAUAGAAGUAAUGUGUCAAAAAGUUUUGUAAACUCAAUAUGUACAGUGCUGUGUAAAUAUAUCUGUUGUAUUUUUGGAUGGAAAGCGUAAAUAGUUUACUUGAUUUAUGGCAGUUGCCUAACAAUGUGGUAAUUAAACUUGAUAUCAGUACUUGACACCCAAGCUUGUUUUUCUGCCCUUUUUUCCCAUAACACAAGUUUUUGUUCGGUUUUUUAAAACAUCUCAUAAGAGAAAAUAAUUGCUGAUUUCAAAAUGCAAGUCUGAAUUUAAUACAGAUUAUUUUGAUUUAAUAUGUUUAAUGUUGUGAUCUUGAGUGAGAGAGAAGACUUCUUAUAUGUUCUUGCUUCUUAUGAACUUGUUCAGUGUUAAUUUGUUUUUUAGGUGGAGGUGUUUAAAGUGUAAUGUGAUAUUGUACAAGAAAUGCAGUUACGAGACUCUGAUGACAGGGAAACAGUCUUUGAGACCUAAAAAUAUUAAACCCUUUGAUGGAUGGGUGACUGACCAAUCAACUUUAACUACCUUGUUUAUGACCUACCUGUGUAUGAAUACAUCACUUGAAAUUGGUCUAUUUGAUACUGUGUUUGCAAACACAUUAAGGCUUUGAAGGAACAGUAUAUUUAGCUUUGUAUCUUUGCAAGGCUUUCAGCCAUUUUCGGGAAGUUCCGAGAAACUUGGGCUGCCUGGAAAUGUUCUAUAUACCUAUUUUUUACCCUAGAUAUACAAUCAACUCAUCACAGUCCACGUCUAUGUUAACAUAUCGUAAACUCUAAUAAGUUAAGUUCAUAGUAUGUAACAUUAUAGCAGUAGUGACUUCAUCAAGUUUUUCUGAGGAGAACUGUUUAUUGUAGAGAGCUGUGUGAAUUGUAUUUGACAAACCAGACUGUAGAGAUUUUUUUCAUUUCUCCACGACUUGCAGCUACAUAUUAGUGACUUCCACACCUCUGUUAGAUGAGCUGAAACAUCCAUCAAUUGUUGUCAUUCUUUUGAAAUCAGCAUACUAAAGAUUAAAAGAAUGUUUGUAAAAAUUGCUUCCCAUAUUAAAGAUGCAUUGGUUGUAUAUUCCAACUGAUUUAAGUUAACAAUCCCAUUUAUAUGUAAUGAAAGUGUGUAUCCAUAUACGAGAUGUACACUAAAACUUUCUUCUCAAAAAACACUUUAAAUGGAAAAUUUAAGUUUCAGACAAUCUUUUAUCAUUUUGUGUGGAUGCUUUGAAAAAGUCACAAGAUACCUUAUUCAUCAACUUCUGUUAUCCUCCUCACUAUGUUUCUAUAAAAUUGACAAUAAUAUGAACUCUUUAUGCCUGCUUCUGUAAAGUUUCACAAAAACAUGAGGAAGUUUUUUUACGAGCAGCAACAGCAUGACGUAAUUAUGGUUACUGUGUCUCACACACAAAUAUUAUAUAUGUAAGUUUUAGAAUUUCAAGAAGAAAGUAAAAGACUUACCAUACAAGUAACAGAUGUGUGAUUGGUGAAAUCAUAUAUAUAUAACCUAUAGUUCUUAAGUCGAGCCAUUCAGUGAAUUUUCCCCAAAUGAACAGAAUUCAUGGCGAUGUUUUAAAGUGUGAUUUAAAUACGUUUUUGGUUUACAUUUUAUUCAUUCUACUGAAGUAACGGCAGCUUUAGUACAAAAGUAUGUUCGUAUAAUAGUUUUGAUUUUUAUCAUGUAUGUUUUGCUCAAAGAUAUUAUGCAACUUGUUUUAUCUUACAGACUCUUUUGAUCUAAUUUAUGAAGUUACCAUAUUUGUAUUUUUUCCCUACAAAGUGACAAACUUGGGCCUAAAACCGUAUUUUCUUAUAAUGACCAAUAAAUAAUGCAGCCACUGUAUUUUGUUUCCAAAUUCUUAAAGGUUAGUAGAGCAAGUGAUAUUAAUAAACUUCAAUAAUCACAAAGAUAGUUGUGUUAUAUUUCUAAAAAGCACGUGUUAACUUC